UUGUGUAGCAUGAUAGAACCAAAUCAGAGCAGGUCAGUAGAGUAAGAAAAGUAAAAUAAUAAUAAUGCAUAAAAAAAAAUAUAAGCAUUUGGGGUUGGAAGAGGGUAAUUACUAAUUAGAAGGUGUAGCAGGAUUUUUUUUGGGGUAAAAACAGGGAGUGUUCGCAUGCAAGGUGAAGCAAAGAGGAACCACUUUUGUUUCGCGUGUUGGGUUCUUUGUGGCGCUAACAUUGUAUCGGAGACCAUUAACUUCGAUCACUGCCCAGAUGCAUUGGGGUUGGAAGAGUACGACAACAUUAAUACAGAAAAUACUAUGAAGUAUUUGAAGUUACCCAAGGACAUAUAAUAAAGAGCAUGAUCGAAGAAUAAACAUGAGUUCAUAUAGCGGAAAAGAUUGAAUUUAAUCUAGCAAGAUCGGUGGUGGCAGAUUGUGGCUGGUCGAGGAAGCAAAAAGCAUGGCGGAAUCUGCAUUGGGGACCCCGGAAUUGGGACUGAACGUACGGCGGUUCCGACCGCUGUCUGAUCGGAGAAGAAAACCGGUACUGGAAGAGCCCAAGAUCAAUGGCGUUCUUCGGAUGGUGUCGGUUUUUACUGCUUACAGAACCCGAAUCUUAGGCAAACUACUGCAGUAGGCAAGGGCCAAUGCGGCGGUUGUAAGGAGGGUUUUAUGUCGGGCAGAAGGCAAAUACCUCUCCUGAAAUCAAUUCGGAGCCCUUGGGAGCAUAACUUACCUUGUAGAAUCUCUUCUGGAAUUGAUUCUGUCGAUCGAUUCAUGGUUCAACGCUCCGACAUUGGUAGCGAUGAAACCGCUCUAGAUUUGGCGAGAAGGAAACUGUAGUGGUGGACAGUUAUAAUUUGGGUGACUGAGGGAGGAGGAAAAAAAGAUGUAGCGUCGAGGCCAGGAGGGUGAAAAAGGAGGAAUUUUUCCGUGCAGAGAAAGAAGAGUCUUGUUUUAAAGAGCUGACGUGGAUGGCUAUACGUUGAAAAUGGCUGACGUGGAUAGGGUGCAAUUCUGAAAGAGCUUUAAUAUAUUUUAAGAUGUUGUGGCUCGUGAAUGUACAAAUAUUGAAGUUCGAACAUCAAGUUGCUAGUCAAUACUUCGGCUCAUUUGCAAUACGAACUAUGACCUUAAAAAUGAAUAAAAUCGUUUACUAAUGAGCUCUAGUUUUUUGUUUAAGAUUUUAUCCAAAUAAAUAAAAAUAGAUUAAGCGAUUUUGUUGUCGAACCAUAAAAAAAAAAAGAUUACAAAAAAAAAACAUAAAAAAAAAGUCAGCAUUCGACUAUUCCUUGUCUGUUAAUUUCAAUAAAUUUGAUGAGAUAGUAAUAUUAUUAUUAGGCAACUGUUUAUUCUUGCUUUCAAAUUUCAAUGGACCUCACAUGGUCUGUUCUUCUGUUCAAGUUGUUCGCAAAUCACAAUCUCACACGCACGUGUAGCCAUGGUAGCCGAGAGGUGCCAACAAAUGUCAAAAGCGACAAAAGAAAGUAAAGAAGAAAGAAACAGAGAGCAAGGAGAGCGUUGAGCACAGAAAAGCAAUCAGAUUUUGAAAAAAAAAAUAAUGGCGGUCAGCAGAGCAGAGCCAAAGCCCAGGAAAGAGAGAGGAAGCCGAGCGCCAAAGCCAUUGCCAUGUGAGUUUGUGAGAUGUGUGAGGUCUUUGUUUAGGUUCCCCAUUAAUGGAGGGAGAAACAGAAAAGAAGGAAGAGCUGCCAUGACCAACCAGACCAGAUACGGAUCUCGCGAUUUCGCUCAGAGGGGCCAGCCAGCCAGCAGACUUCUCCAUGCAGCCGAAAGUGGGCGUUGUUAACUAAUUCCCCAACACUGCCCCACGACACCAUUAAUAAUAAACUCUGUGAUCCAGAGAGAGAGAGAGAGAGAGAGUUUUAAAGUUCUCUUCUUUCCGGGCAUAGAAUAUUGCAGUUCCUUAUUACUUGGAUCCUUUGCACUCAUUGUUCAUUCAUUGUUGUAUGUGUCACUGCUCUCUCUCUCUUUCUCUCUCUGUUCUUGAGCUUAGAGCUCCUCCCUACUAGUUUUUCUCCAGAAAGCGGUGGAAAGUUGAGGUGGGUAGUCUUUUGUUGAUGAUUUGGAGAAGCUUAUGCCAGAAAUGGAGGAAGUGUUGAUAAGGCAAGGGAGAUCUCUAGCUGAGACUCCUACCUAUUCGGUGGCUUCAGUCACCACCGUCCUCGUUUUCGCCUGCUUCAUUGUUCAGAGGGCCAUUUAUCGAUUUGGAAGGUGGCUGAAAAGGACCAGAAGGAAGGCUUUGUUUGCUUCUUUAGAGAAAAUGAAAGAAGAGCUGAUGCUGCUGGGGCUUAUAUCUUUGUUGUUGGCGCAAUGGGCAAGAUGGAUAUCUGAGAUUUGUGUAAAUUCAUCUCUUUUCAGCAGUAAGUUCUUCCUUUGCGCCGAGGAAGAUAUUGCUGCUGGUGUCGCGCGCCAUCUCUUGCUUGAAGAAAGCUUCCCAUCCCACUCACCAAACCUAACACACAUUCCUCCAAAGGGAAUAAUUACCACAACAACUCAUCAGUGUGGUCAGGGUCGAGAGCCAUUCGUAUCGUUGGAAGGUCUCGAGCAACUUCAUCGAUUCUUGUUUGUUCUUGGCAUCACUCAUGUUCUAUACAGCUGCCUGGCGGUUGGUCUGGCAAUGAGCAAGAUAUACAGUUGGAGGAAAUGGGAGAAUCAACCAAACUUACCUUUGGAUGGUAGUGUUCAAGCCAAGCAGCAGAGGAUGAUGAGAAGGCAAACUACUUUCAUCUUCCAUCAUACAGCUCAUCCAUGGAGCAGGAGCAGGAUUCUCAUUUGGAUGCUAUGCUUUUGUCGACAGUUCAAGAGUUCCAUCAAGAAACCAGACUACUUGGCGUUGCGGUUGGGUUUCCUAACUAAGCAUAAGUUGCCACUUUCCUACAACUUCCACAAGUACAUGGUGCGAAGCAUGGAAGACGAGUUCCAGGGAAUAUUGGGGAUCACGCCACCUCUCUGGGGUUAUGCCAUAGUCUGCAUCUUCAUAAACAUCCACGGUUUAAAUGUUUACUUCUGGCUAUCUUUCAUCCCUGCAAUUCUUGUCAUGGUUGUGGGGACGAAGCUCCAGCACGUGGUCUCGUUGCUAGCACUCGAGGUUCUGCAACAGCAAGGGCCAUCAGCGGGGACUCAAGUCAAGCCAAGAGAUGACUUGUUUUGGUUUGGUAAACCAGUAAUUCUAUUGAGGUUGAUUCAGUUCAUCAUCUUUCAGAAUGCCUUCGAGAUGGCAACAUUCAUCUGGUCCUUGUGGGGCCUUGAACAGAGAUCCUGCUACAUGAAGAACCAUUACAUGAUCAUCAUUCGAUUAGUUUCUGGAGUUCUUGUUCAAUUCUGGUGUAGCUACAGCACAGUGCCACUCAAUGUGCUUGUCACACAGAUGGGAUCGAACUGCAGGAAAGCCUUGGUCGCCGAGAGUGUGAGAGAAUCACUCCACAGUUGGUGCAAGAGAGUGAAGGAGAGGUCAAAGCGCGACGCUGCAAUGUCAAUAGCCACGAGAUCAGUGUGUUCACUUGACACGGCCACCAUUGAUGAAGGUGACGAGGGGAUCACCGUUGCAUCCGGGACCAUCUCCAGGAGGUCGUCCUUGAACUCCUUGAAUGGGAUAACCGUGGAUCCGGCUGAUGAUGAACAAGCUGCAGCAGAAGAAGAAGGUAGUGGCACUGAUCCUGAGAACUCGAACAAUGGGCGUCGUCGAGAUGAUGAGCUUUCACUGAGGAUUGAGCAGUACUUGAAUAGCAAUAGUAUAGCAGAACCUCCCAUUAGCGAUGGUGAAUCUGAUGAAGACAAUAACGCGGCACACGGCAUUGUGGAAGAGCCGAAAGUCGAGACCCUAUUGGACUUGUUUCGGAAGGCAUAGAGACAGUGGAAGAAAACAGAAACAUCAAACAAGGCUGCCUGCCUAGCUAGCUUCCAUUGUUGGAAAUGGAAGGUGGCUUCGGAGUAGUGAUGAGGAACUAGCAGAGUUGCAUAUAAUUUAAGCAAAGACUUGUUCAUAGUAGUAUUCGUUUUGACUUGCUACCCACGCUAGGUUGCUUCUAACAUGUAGUUGCUAAAAACAUUAAUUACAUCACUGAAUUACUCUACCGUCAUAAUAAUACCACUGAAUAACUUUUCGAAAAGUUCUUUCUUAUUUGGCAAACUGAUUAAUCUAGUAUCAUUAUAAUUAUGCGUAUGAAUUUUAUGUUCUUAUGAGCGUGAGAUGAGAACCCGGAAUUUUCAUAUUGUAAAUCAGCGUUAAAAUCGCUAGAUCGAAAAAAAAAACAAGUCCUAUAACUUGCAAUUCAUCAAGACAUCAUAGAUGCUACCAAAAUGGCCAAACAUAUAUAUAUAGCUGGUAUAUAUUGUCAUCACAAAAUUAAUAAACUAGGUUAUCAUUU